GCCGCCGGCUCGGUCCCGCGCCCGCUGCCUGCCUUCACCCGCCAUGGCCCGCCUGACAGAGAGCGAGGCGCGCCGGCAGCAGCAGCAGCUCCUGCAACCGCGGCCCUCGCCGGUGGGCAGCAGCGGGCCCGAGCCCCCCGGGGGGCAGCCCGACGGCAUGAAGGACCUGGACGCCAUCAAGCUCUUCGUGGGCCAGAUCCCGCGCAACCUGGACGAGAAGGACCUCAAGCCGCUUUUCGAGCAGUUCGGCCGCAUCUAUGAGCUCACGGUGCUCAAAGACCCCUACACGGGCAUGCACAAAGGCUGUGCCUUUCUUACCUACUGUGCCAGGGACUCUGCCAUCAAAGCUCAGACUGCCCUGCACGAACAGAAGACCUUGCCCGGGAUGGCGCGGCCAAUCCAGGUGAAACCUGCGGACAGUGAAAGCCGCGGAGGUAGGGACCGGAAGCUGUUUGUGGGGAUGCUGAACAAGCAGCAGUCAGAGGAGGACGUGCUGCGGCUGUUCCAGCCCUUCGGGGUCAUCGAUGAGUGCACUGUGCUCCGAGGGCCUGAUGGCAGCAGCAAAGGCUGUGCUUUCGUGAAGUUCUCUUCCCACACGGAGGCUCAGGCGGCCAUCCACGCCCUGCACGGCAGCCAGACCAUGCCGGGUGCCUCCUCCAGCCUGGUGGUCAAGUUUGCCGACACUGACAAGGAGCGGACAUUGCGGCGCAUGCAGCAGAUGGUGGGCCAGCUGGGCAUCCUGACACCAUCCCUCACACUGCCCUUCAGCCCCUACAGUGCCUACGCCCAGGCUCUCAUGCAGCAGCAGACAACGGUCCUGUCCACCUCAGGCAGCUACCUGAGCCCCGGCGUGGCCUUCUCACCCUGCCACAUCCAGCAGAUCGGCGCCGUCAGCCUUAAUGGGCUGCCUGCCACGCCCAUCGCCCCUGCCUCUGGACUGCACUCGCCCCCGCUGCUUGGUACCGCCGCCGUGCCCGGCCUUGUGGCUCCCAUCACCAAUGGCUUCGCAGGUGUCGUGCCCUUCCCUGGUGGGCACCCCGCCCUAGAAACCGUAUAUGCCAAUGGCCUUGUGCCCUAUCCAGCUCAGAGCCCGACGGUGGCCGAGACUCUCCAUCCUGCCUUCUCCGGAGUCCAGCAGUACACAGCCAUGUACCCCACCGCGGCCAUCACGCCCAUCGCGCACAGCGUCCCCCAGCCGCCGCCCCUCCUGCAGCAGCAGCAGCGAGAAGGUCCCGAAGGCUGUAACCUGUUUAUCUACCACCUCCCCCAGGAGUUUGGAGACACGGAGCUGACGCAGAUGUUCCUGCCCUUCGGCAAUAUCAUCUCCUCCAAGGUGUUUAUGGAUCGGGCCACCAACCAGAGCAAGUGUUUUGGCUUCGUGAGCUUUGACAACCCAGCCAGCGCGCAGACCGCCAUCCAGGCCAUGAACGGCUUUCAGAUCGGCAUGAAGAGGCUCAAAGUGCAGCUGAAGCGGCCCAAAGAUCCGGGACACCCCUACUGACCGCGCCCACAGCCGCCCUGAGGCUGCGGGCUUGGCCCAGGUGAGGGGCCUUCCCACCCCAGGAGGGUUUCCCGCUUCCAACUGAUCCAGGACUUUUCCGUAAAUUACAACUGAGUUUGGACACCAGCCCCCCCUCCUCUCCCUUCUCCCCUACUCCCUUCCCCAAAAUGUGAAGCUCUGUUGAAGGCCACAUGGAGCAGGGAGGGGGCUUCGUGGUCUGCGGUGGUGGGGGUGGGGGGAUCCUGGGAGAUCUCCUUGCUCCCCCCACCCCCUGACACACAAACUUUGUGGCUUCCCCAAACGAAAUCACAACUUUUCCUAUAUAUAUAUAUGCAUAUAUAUAUAGAGCUAUAGACAGUAUAUAUAUUUUUUGAGUAUAGAUCAUGGGACCAAACUUUUUCAACUUCCUUCCAUCCAAGAGAAGGUGACCCUGGGCCGGUCACUCAGCAGGGACGCUCAGAAGGGCUGAGGCUGGCGGGGCAGCCCAGUGUCCCCUUGCCUCCCGCUGUCAUGUCAGACCAGGGCGCCGGCGAAGCACUGGGAAUCAGCACCUAACGCGAUAUACCUCCAGGACCUUUGACCCCCCGCCACCGACGAUUCUCUAUUCUCGCGGGCCUGUGGGCUCAGCCGGCUUCAGUGUCCCUGGUCCUAGCUGCAGCUUCCAGAGCCCCCAUGCCCUUCGUCCCAGGGCCCUGCCUUCCCCUGAUGUAGGCACAAAAGAGACCCCUUGGCCUCCCCCAAGCCUCCCCCCGCCCCCCCGCCCAGUCAUAGCCUUACUCAUGUGACCAAUAGCCCUUAGCUUUCCGUCGGGGGCGCAGAGGGUUGGGGGGAAGCCCCCCACCCCUUGAGCCCUCUCCCAAGGGCAGGUGGACACCCUCCCUGCCUUUGGAUCACCAGCCUGGAAUUCACAAUCUCAUGACCAAGAUUGCCACGUGCACUGGACAGGCCCAACCUGCACUGGCCAAGCACCCCUUCACCGGAGAUACCUCUGCAAAGUUUUUUUUUUUUUUUUUUUUUUUCGGUCUUUCUGAGCAGGUACAAAGAAAAGAGAAGAAGAGAAAUGGGGGCAAAAUCAAACAGUGGAUUUUUGUUUCCUACUUGGGGCGGGGAGGGAUAUCCUGUGGGGUGCCUCUGUAUAGCUACUCAAACCGUGAAAACCCCCCUUGAAGCACAGAGUCAAGUUCGGUUUUUUUCGGACGUCCGGUGGGGCCUCACGCCAGACGAGGCGCCAGAGAACUUAAUAAGCUCAAGAAAAAAAAAUUUUUUAAAGAAAAAAAAAAAGCAUUCCCUUUUGUUUCUACCAAAAUGUGUUGACCGACCCAGAAAAAAAAAAAAAAAAAAAAAA